AUUCCAGAACUAAUAGUCUGCACCUGCUGCCCACCUCCAACAGCGCAACUGCAUCCAUCAUGUCUGAGGUCCGGCAGCGCAAGACUGCUCCUCCAGCGGCCGCCGCCGCCGUACCAAAGUACGAGCGCGCCGCGCGCCCGCCCAAGCGCCCGACGCGCCAGGCCCACUGGGCGAUCAGCCUCGUCCUCCUGGCCUUCCUGGUGCUCUACGCGCAGCGCAACGGCCUCACCAAGUCCAAGGCGCCAUGGACGGUGGACGGCGGUUCCAAACCCCUUCCGGAGUGGUACGCUGUGUGCUCGCGCGAGGGCAAGAAGGUGUACACCGUCCCCGUGGAGGGCGGGGCUGGCGCCGUGCAGUGCCUCGUCGUCGCAGGCAAGCACGUCGUCGACACGGGCAGCCUGCAGGCUGUGAGGCGCACGUAUGGCGAAAAAGGCGCCAAGGUCCCGGUGCCCAAGUCGGCGCCUGACGCUGUUCGCAAGACAUCAGGCAUCCGCAUCCUUUACCUGCCGCCCGGUCACUCGCUCACCCCGGGCUUCACUGACGCGCACGCCCAUCCGCUCGAGUACGGCGCGAGCCGGCAUCUCCAGCUGCUUGGGUCCAAGACGAUCGAGGAGGUUGUCGCGCGCACCGAGGCGUACGUCAAGUCGCGCAAGACGCACGGCUGGGUCAUCGGCCAGGCUUGGGACCAGGAGCUGUGGCCUGACAAGAAGUACGCGACCGCCGCGGACCUGGAUACCCCGGUGCUGAAGGGCCUCAGCAUCGUGCUGUACCGCACCGACAUCCACGCGGUGUGGGUCUCGCCAGCUGUGCUCGACGCCAUCGAGGAGAAGUUGGGACCGAUCCCGGUGGAGGACAUCGAGGGUGGCCAGGUCAUCCGCGACGCCGACGGAAAGCCUACCGGAGUCUUCUUGGACAACGCGAUCCGCGAGUACGUUGGCAAGGUCAUGCCGCCGAUGACGGACGAGGUUCGCGAGGAGAACCUCAACGUCGCGAUGCGCGAUGCCCUGUCUCUUGGCCUGACUGGCAUCCACGACGCCGGCCUCGUGCCGGAGGACCUUGCGUUCUUCCGCCGCAUGGCGGAGGAGGGCAAGCUCCGCCUCCGCUUCUACACCAUGCUCCUGUGUCCCGAGCCCCGUGACGUGUACUGUGGUGACCAGGUGGAGCGGGUUACGGGCCUCCAGGACGGCCGGUGGACGCUCCAGUCCGUCAAGCUGUUUGGGGACGGUGCGCUGGGCUCUCGCGGCGCGGCGCUGCUCGAGGACUACGCGGACGCGCCUGGGUGGAAGGGGUUCCUCCUCACGCAAGACCACGUGUGGGCACCGCUCAUCAAGCAGUACUAUGACGAGGGCUGGCAAGUCAAUGUCCACUGCAUUGGCGACAAGGCCAACCACGUCGUGCUCGACGCGAUCGAGGCCGCCAUUGGGACAGACAAGGAGGCCGGACGUGCGCGCCGCCUGCGCAUCGAGCAUGCGCAGAUCUUCACAAUGGAUGACAUCAAACGUGCAGCGGAUCUGGGCGUGAUUGGGAGCUACCAGCCAACCCACGCUACAAGUGAUAUGUGGUACGCUGAAGCACGCCUCGGCCCUGAGCGCAUCAAAGGCGCAUACGCAUGGCGCUCGUAUCUCAACGCAGGCGGACGCAUCGCGCUUGGCUCUGAUUUCCCAGUCGAGUCUCCUGAUCCGCUCAAGGGGUUCUACGCAGCGGUGACGCGGCGAGCGGAGGACGGGACAUCGCCGCACGGGCCCGGAGGAUGGUACGCCAACGAGAAGCUGACGCGCGUGGAGGCGCUGCGCGGCUUCACGGCGGACGCGGCCUAUGCUUCGUUCUCGAACGACACUGGCAGUCUCACCAAGGGCUUCCGCUUCGACGCGGUGCUGUGGGACGAUGAUCUCAUGGAGGUCGACGAGGACGAGAUGCUCGCUACCAAGGUGGGGGCUACGAUCAUUGACGGGCGGAUCGUGUAUGGAGAGUGGGCCGUAUAGAGGCCGAUGCAUGUUAAGUAUGCUUGUGAAGUGGCACCCAUCAGAAUAUGCC